AUGUCUCAAGCUGUUUCCAACGGUGAAGUGGAUCUGAAAAAUUUUAUCAGUACACAGGAUGGAGAAACUCACAACUUGGAAGUCAAUGAUUUAAAAAAUGGCGAUGCCAAUUUAUUUUCAAUUCCUGUGGAUCGCAAUUUACACGAAGAAGAGAAUACACCUCAUUAUCAAUUCACAGAAAUGGACUUAGAGCCACCUACUAAUUUUGCAGCUCCACAACAUGUUGAUGCCGACACAUCGCAAGUGCUGCUGGGUCUUCCUAACCCGCUCCUCAAUCUGAGUGACUCCCACUCAGAUCACACAGCUUCAGGAAGAGAUGAAGAGAAAUCACAAAAAGAGCUUGAGAAGGAAGGAAGUGAGGAACAGUAUUUGGAGGGACAAGGCGACUCUAGCGACGGGGAGAACCGCAUAAUCAACAUAAGCGAGCUUGAUUGGGAUGGUCCCGAUGAUCGUGAGAACCCUCAAACUUGGUCUAAAUUCAAAAAAUGGUGGAUUACAUACACUGCGGCCAUCAUGUGUCUCUGUUGUUCGUUGGGUUCAUCAUUAUACACUGGUGGUAUUCCUGAAAUUAUGGUCAGAUUUGGUGCUUCGCAGGAGCUUUGCUUAGCAGGUCUUACUUUCUAUUUGGUUGGUUUAGCAAUUGGUCCUGCAAUUGCAGCACCAUUAUCGGAAGUAUUUGGCAGAAAGCCACUUUAUGUGCUUUCGUGGCCAAUCGCAAUGUUGUUCAUUAUGGGUGUUGGUCUUGCCAAAAACAUUCGCACAAUCUUGGUGCUUCGUUUCUUUUGUGGGUUUUUCUCUAGUCCAGCAUUAUCAAUUGCUGGUGGAACGAUUUCUGAUCUCUGGGCCAAUAGUCCUUCGGACCAAUCCAUUGCAGUUGCAAUCUUUUGUUUGUGUCCCUUCCUUGGUCCUGUGCUUGGUCCAAUUAUUGGUGGGUUCUCAGCCGAGUACAAGAACUGGCAAUGGGCUGCAUCUUGGGUGUUGCUCAUGUUUUUCGGACUUGUUUGGCCGUUUGCAAUUUUGGCACCUGAAACAUUCAAGCCUGUCAUUUUGGCACGCAGAGCUAGAAAGAGAGGUGUUAACGUUGAGUCGCAAAAAGUGGAUAUGGAAUUUUUGAAGAAGGUUGCCAAAAACAACUUGUUAUUGCCUAUGGUUUUGUUGUUCACUGAACCUAUUGUUUUGAUUAUGUCGGUUUACAUUGCAUUCAUUUUUGCAGUAUUAUUCGGUUUUUUUGAGGCAUUCCCUGUUAUUUUUAGAGGUGUAUACCACAUGGAUCUCGGUAUUUCCGGUUUGACUUUUAUUGGUGUUGGUAUUGGCUUGGUCUUGGGGGUCAUCUUUUACGUGUUGCUUGAUCUUUUCUAUUACUUUCCCAAAAAUCCUGAUGGAACCAGAGGUAAGAGGGAUGAAGAAGGUAAAAUCAUCUUUGAUCCACCAGAGAGUAAAUUAUUAGUGGGUAAAGUUGGUGCUGUUUGUUUACCGAUUGCUUUAUUCUGGUUGGGAUGGACAGGAAGAACCGAUUCAAUUCAUUGGUUGGCGCCUACCGCAAGUGGUGUUCCUUUUGGGUUUGGCUUGAUCCUUGUGUUUUUUGCAGUUGUGUUGUAUUUUGCCAUGUCUUUCCCACCACUUAUUGUUGCGUCUGCAAUUGCUGCCAACAACUUGUUGCGUUAUUUGUUGGCAUCAGUAUUCCCCUUGUUUACAGUUCAAUGUUUUGAAAACUUGGGUAUCGGUUGGGCAGGAUCGUUGUUUGCCUUUAUUGCUUUACUUAUGGUGCCUGUCCCAUUUGUUUUUGCGUGGUUUGGUCCUCGUUUGAGAUUAAGAAGUAAGUAUACGUAUGCUGCAUACUUUAAGAAGUUGGCAGAAGAGAAAGCCGCUAGAGAGAAAGAGAAUGGUGGCAAUGUUGAGAAACAAAAGCAGCCCAGUGCUGAAGGGACCGAAGACAAGCCGGAUGUUUCGAACAAGGUAUAG